UUAAUCAAUUCGGGAAGGACAAUUUACUACGCUUAGAGCUAAUAAGCUGCUUAAUACCCCUCCAUGUGGCUUUUGCAUCAUUAACAUGGUAAGUAAAGUAUUCUUUAUAAUAGAGGUUUUUACUAACAAUUAAAAUAUCCUUUAGUUUGUUCUGGUAAAUUUUAUAGCAACAGUGAUUACUUUGAGACUUACUUGUUAUGUAAUGCUUAAAUAGCUUAUUUUUGGUUUUAAUAGAUUUACAAAUACCCUGAGUAAUCUAAGGUUUAGACAGAGUAAAAGGAAUCAAACAUCUGAUUGAUGUCAUUUUCCCUAAAAACAUUAUCCCACUGAAUUGACUGGACAUCUGCUGAAAAGUUAUCCUGAUCAAAGCAAGAAUAAUCAUAUACAAACCUGGUCAUAUUGCUUGCUGUCCAAGAUAAUUUGUUGAUAAUUAAGAAGUUUGGUAAAUGAUCUGUAAGGUCACAAACCAAAUUUCCAUUAGUAGCAACAAAUUCAUUAAAAUUAAAGAUAAUAUUUUAUUAAUUAAUGUUGCUGUGUGAUCAGUGAUUCUUGUAGGCUGCAGAAUGUGUGGUAAGAAGCCAUAAGAAAUCACCGUAUUAAUGAAUUCUUCAGUUAUCUGACAGUCUUGAAAGUUCAGAAGAUUUAUGUUAAAGUCACCCAUGAAUAAACACCACUUAUUAUUUUUUGAACGUUUCUCUAGAGUUGAGAAAAGAUAUUUGUUAUAGUCCUCAGUUUUACCAUUUGGGUGUCUAUACAUGACAGCGCACAGAAUAUUUUUAUAUGGAUCACGAUUAAUCUCAAUUCAUAGAGAUUCAAACUCUUUUGUCGUUGAACAAAGAUCACCUCGAAUAUGAAAUUGAAUCCCCUCUUUGAUGAAGAACCCCACAUCACCAGCAUUAGUCAGAGUUGGCUUGGAAACAAAAUCAUAUCCUUCAAUAGCAAUGUUGCUAGUUAGAUCACAGUUACUUUUUACCUUUGUUUCGGAAAGGCCAAUAACAUCGAAUGAAUUCUGUAGAUCUGAUAGCAGCAUUGUCAAACCAUCAUGGUUAGCAGAAAGGCUUCAUUAAUGUUGAAAUGAAUUGUAGAAAAGAAAGGCAUAGAUUUAUUUAAUUGCUCUGAGAAAUAUCGUCAUUAAGAAAGUCGUCUAGAGUAUAGUAUUUAAGGUCUGGCUGUAUGUUAUUUUCCACAUCAUGAUUAUUAAGACUGGAUAUCUUGUUAAGUUUAGAUAAGUCAAACUGCGGUAAGUUAUCUAUAAGUGUAUGACAUAAUGUUGCUAUAUUGCUGUUUAAGAGCAAUAUAGCUUCAAGACGUCCAAAUCCUAUUUCUUGUUUAUGGCACCUGAGCAGGGCUUUGUGAGUCUCUACAAAGAUUAUGAUACGACCAUAGAAUGUCCAGAUGUACUUAUACUUCAUAUCCUUUUAAUCUUUCAAGCUGUCCUUAAAAAGAUCCUUGUUGAUUUGUCAGAGUAAGGUUUUCUGAGAUAUAUAUCUGUUCUCCGAAUUUAAUCGAAGAUCCAGGUCUUGUGUUGUCUUAUUCCGUAGAAAUUUUCUUGCUUUAUAGAAGCGAUCUCUCAGCGCUCUUCGUACAAAUUUCACAACUAUAUUGGGAGCCCUGACGCGCGAAUUCGAUAAAGCUUGAGAUCCUUCCCUAACUAUCUCUGUAGGACUGUUUUGGUAGUAGAUGACUCACGGAUAAAUCGCUUUCCGUUAUAUGUACUCCAAUUAAUGAGCCUACUUUUAUUGCAAUUUCCUUCGUGUUUUCGUCUUCUGUCUCAGGGAUGCCAGAUAUUUCUACGCACUCGCGGCGAGAAUACUGUUCUAAAUUAUUCAAUGAAGCUUCGCAGAAUUGCAGUUUGCUGACCAAUUUAGCAUUUUCGGCUUCUAAACUCGCAUUCCUUGCCUCAAGUGAAUCAAGUCUUGCUUGUAGAGCCUUGUAGUUGUCGUCAACUUUUUUGAAUAGGGCGUCUAGCCUGGAAUGAUGGGGGGCUUGAGUUUGAAUCGGCUUGAGUUUGCUCUCGAGCAGCGACUCAAGGUCCUUCAAAGAAGGCCGUCGUUUGAUGGCAUUUCGCUUGUUACAUAAACGGACGCAUGGAGACACCAAAAAAUAAAGAAAAACGCUGUAAGAAUCUGCAUUAAGCAGUGAACGGAAGACAUAUCACACGCAGUAAGCAAAACACAUCCGCCAUCUUUACUGACCCAAAACAGUAAAAGGUUCAAGAUUGAGUUCACAGCCCGGGGUUCACAGUUGAGUGCACCAAAUGCUUCUCUAGUUAGGAUGCUACAAUAAAACGAAUCAUAAACGUUUUUUGCCUUCAACAACUGACAGUCAUGUAACUUUGGCCACAAAUUGUCUUUAGAGUUUUCAGUUGGUCUGUGUAACAACAAUGAAAGAAAAUUGCUUCACCCGAUUAAUAAUAAUGUGAACGUAAUCAAAAGUGUAUGUUUCGUUUCUUUUACCUCCAGGGUAAUUAAAACAAAGAUUUUGAAUGGACUAACGUUAAAUUCCGUUGACAUGUUAUAAUUUAUUUUACAAGACCAAUAAUUCUUAAGAGCGUUCAGACACUUUUAGGUGUGCAAUAUACAAAAAGCCGUUGUUGCAAGCAGUAGUUUCAAGUUGUUUGUUGCUGGUGGGUUUCACGGCUUCUCACAUUAAGCUAUUGUCUAUUUGUUCAAUGCUCUUACAGAUUCCAACAGAUUCCAACGGAUUCCAACGCCUCUUGCAUUUCGUUAAUUGCUUGGUAGCCCUCGAAGGAGCCACACGAAUAUGCUAAUUUGCCAAUUUGUAACUCAAGCCUAGUUUAAGGUGACUAGACCCAGUUUUUUGGGGGGGUACCAUCCUACUUUGAAGCUCUCUGGUAUCCCCGCCUUUACUUUUAUCGUAGAAUGGAUAACAUAUAGAUCAAUCUACAAUAUAACAUAAAAUUUUGGGCGAUCGGAGUAAGGGCCUGUUUACAUGGAGGUGGGGGACCCCAGCUAGGUGAGGUAACCCGCUUAGGUGAGGUAACCCGCCUGUCCAUACAAUCUCUCAUUUUAAUGUGAUCACGUUUACAUGUUAGGUGGGGUAACCUGCCACAUGUUACCUCACCUACCUGGGGGCCCCCACCUUCAUGUAAAAAGGCCCUAAAUGUCACGUGGUUAUAAUGCCACGCCCCUUUGAGAUCUAAGUCGAAAAUCUGCUGUUGCCGGCAUUUUUUCGUGAAAAUCUCUCGGCUACACAUAGUGCGCAUUAGCGCCUUGCACUGAACAGAGUUCCACCAAAAUCGCAAAGACUCAAUUCGAGAAAUUCAGCGGUUUUCAAAUUUAGGUCAUAAUUUAUGAGAAAAUGAUAAGCAAACUUUACACGAUUAUAUCUAGUAAACUAUGAGAUUCAUCCCUUUAUUUUGGGCAUCGUUAUAACAGAUGGGUCCUUGCAAGUCAGCAAAACGCUUUAGGGCCUUGUAAAUGCGCGCGAUUUCGAGCAAAGCAAACAUAUAGUUAUAGUUUUAGCUAUUUGUUGACGUUUGUCAGCGUUUAAGAGUCCUUCUCACGAAAAAAGCAUUUUCUUAAAAAUUAAUAGUUUUUUUCCUUUAAAUUUUUUCAGGGCCACAAUUGAUUAACUAACUACCCGGACUCUGAACUUCAUGGGCAUUGAAAAACUGUGACAUUAUCUUCUAUAAGCCCAAACUUGAGUAAACAUUGAAGAUUUUUAGCGUUUUGGCUGAGUUUGUGCUUUGGGAGUUGUCUGUUGUUUGUAGUCUGUCAUUAUACAGCAUUCUUGUUUAGCACGCGUGCAAUGACCACGCUUGGCUGACUUCCGAAUGCUCACCGAGACAUGAGAAAAUAGCAUGAGAAAAUAGAAGGGAUUCCCGUCACGAGUUGGUUAAAUUAUUGGCUUGCAUUAAACGUAUGAAAAAAUGAUAUUUUUUUUCGUAGUAAGUAGAUUUAUUGUGUAGCACUUCUUGAUUUUUUUGCAAAGGCACAAAGAAAGAGUAUUUAUUACAAUUGCAGUUAGCCGAUUUAACUUGCAGUUUGUAGUUGUGAUUGGACCUGUUACGUUUUGAAGCGAACUCAAAAAAAUCGGAAAAACAAAGGCUAUUCAAUCCGAAUACAAGUUUAUAGCAUUCAAUCAAAGAAAAGUAUCGCCUUCUAUCAGUCAACUGCGACCACCGUAACAUUUCGCAGCGAUCUUCGUAUGACAUCUCUCCCCUUCGCUGACCUAAGGCCAAUCGAGAAGCUCUUCUCUGAACUUUCUCUAAGAGAACAAUAUCCUUAACUAGGUAAGGGCACCAUACAGGGGAAGCGUACUCGAGGAUUGGUCUCACAAGAGCCUUGUACAGUGUGGAAAAGAUUUCCUUGUUUACAGAACCGAUUGUUCGCUUAAUUAGACCAAGAACUUUAUUGGCCUUAUUGACAACCUCGACAACGUGUAAAGACCACGAGAGGUAAUGCGAGAUUGUGAUGCCGAGGUCCUUUACAGAACUCACUGAACUUAGACGUUCUCCACGCGGGACGAGGGAGUAAUGUGGGACAGAUUUAUCACGAUUAUGUGUAACUCGCAUAAUUUCACAUUUCUUCGCAUUGCCAGACCUCAGACCAAUUUCUAAGGUGGAAUGAGUCGGACUGAAGGAUGCUUGUGUCUCUAGCUAUGUCGGAGAUCUCUCUGUAAACCUUGGUAUCAUCUGCAUACAGUUUAACCGUUGAUGAAAUACCUGACGAGAUGUCAUUCACGUAUAAAAUGAAUAAGACGGUUAAAAUUUUCUGGGUCCGCAUUUAGGGAAGGGUUACAAGUUUUGGGCGCCUUUGGGCGAUGUGCGCGUAUUAAUGGGUUUUGUGUUACUGAAAUAUAAAGCACUGCUUGAAAUACGAUGGCUGUGCAAGUAACAUUAACAGAAUUGCAUACUCAAAGCUGAAUCGCACGGUUAAAAAGCACUGUGACUGGCUGGAUAUGAGGAGUGGCUUCCCGCGGAAUCGCUUGUAAUUUGCUGGACUCUGAAAUGGCUUUUAAAACAGCGCACAGUUUUAGGUUGGCUUUGUUUUUUAACCAACGUCUUCGUCAUGUGAUUUUUCUGUAUUAUAAUACAUCUGAAUGGCAGAUCAUUUCGUGAAAGUCUCCUUAAAACAAGCCGGGAUCAAAGUGCACGAUUAGUUGAUGUUAUGGUAUGAUAGCUAAAAAUGUAUUUUUUCAUGUUAUGACUAGUACUCGAUAUCUAUUUGUGUUCUUAGUAGGCUUUGAAAGCUAUGGAAGCUAAUUCUGAGGAAAAAUUGCUUUUCUUAGCGGCAAAGUUUAAUAGAAAUAAAAUUUUUACCUUUCAUUUACAUAUACAUUUACAUAUAUCAUCUUGCAAUAUCUAUAACAGACAUAUUCGCAAGCUCCUAGAUCACCAACAUCUUUUGAUUGCGGCUUUACAAAGGCCCACACCCAUAACAAGUUUAUGAACAUCACUCGAUUUACUUUAUUCUGUCGCAGAACAUUGUUGCUCUGUGGUAACGAUGUUUCUCACGCGCGUAGCCCUUUGGCGUUUAACUUAGCUAGACUCACAGUGGUCUAGUUUAUACUAAUCCUCCUUUGACAAAACUCAGUCACUCUUAAACAGUAGCAGGAACAGAUUGUUUUUCUUUUUCAACAAAUGCGACAUAGUUUUUGAUAUGUACAGCAUACAAAUGUACAGUGAGAUUUAACGAUUAAUCAAUAGCCUCAUAGUUAAGGUCAUAGACCUGUACAUCAUUGAAAAGCUGAAGCAUUCAAGAGGAGCAAUAAAGCAAGAUAAAAUAGAUCUCGUAACAAUAGAUAUUGCUACGAAAAUGAUUGAAGGUUGCGAAGUUCUCGACGAGAGCGAUUGCGAUGAUGAUGGUGACGAGGAUGACAUUGAUGAUGGCAAUGAUGAUAAUCUCUUGAAGGAAAUCAGAGAGGAUGAUAGAGAUGAUGACAUCGAUAAGGAUUCUAAUGGGAACCAAGAGGAAGGUGAAUCAGUCUAGGAGGAAAAUAAUUUUCGGAAUCUUUUACAGACCUCGCGAUAUGGCCGAACUUGCAGGACCUUGAGGGGUAGGGCCAUCCUCGGAGACUCAGGGGCAGUUAGUCGAGUCGAUAAAAUGUUCGUGGUGAAAGUUUUCUGUCAGAUCGAGGCUCGUCUCGAUCUUACAGAAAACUUUCACCACGAACAUUUUAUCGACCCGACUAACUGCCCCUGGGUCUCCGAGGAUGGGGUAGGGCAGGAGCUGCGGACUUUCCUUGAAUAGAGACAAUUUUCCUCUUGCUAUUUGCAAGUUCUAGUUAUUAAUAUGCACAAUUUGUUCACUCUUCAAGUUGAGUAGAAGGCAGGAAUUCAAUAAGUGAUAGUGGGGCUGUCAAUGGUUUUCUUUACUUGGUGAAGCUUUGGUUUUUGUAAAUAUUGUAGAUACUAACACUUUUUUUACUAGUCCAAUGAAACAAUUGUCUCAAAGUUACGCUCAUAUGGAUUCUCCCGAUGCAACAUUCGAAUACUCAAAAUGUUGUUACAUUGGACGGUUACAAUUUUGGGGGGACCGCAUUUUUGGAGGGGGCAGGAUUUUUGGGCUGUCAGCCAGAGAGGGGCUAAAAUCGUUGCGCCCUCGCAUUUGAAAUAAUACCCCCCUACCAAUAGUUAAUGACCGCAUUGUCAUUGGCCAUUCCCAAACAGUUUUUCAAAGUUUUUGUUAUUGGUUACUAUUGAUAUAAUGCUUAGAACACAAUUUUUCGUUUGAAAAAUGUUAAAAGCUGUAAUUUUGUCAUUAUCAGGUGAUUUUUCUAGUUUCAUAGAGAAUGAGGACGUCUUAAACUGUUAUUAUACACAAAAUGAACUCUAGAAAGCUGUGACACAGCCCCUUUAAUUUCGUCGAGUGAACAUGGGGAGGCAUGGACCGUUAAAAAAAUAUGGGUUUCGAUGUGAUAAAGUUGAACUACCCAGAUCGAAGUGGUCUUUAGUCGUUUCUGGUCGAGAUGAUUCUUCCCCUAUAUUUCUUGUAGAAAAGCUUGGAAACACGCUUUGUUUUGAUUCGGAAAGUCUUGGUAACCGAGCGUCUUAUUCGAAUCCUUAGGCGAGGGACCGAAGCUUACGAAGUAACUGGGUGGGAAACUCUUUGAUGGUUGCUAGGAGUUUUGGGCUAUUGGCCAAUCGUAGAGCCGAAUAGACAAUAGCAAUUAUUUUUCAAAUGCAUGCUCAACUGGUAAAAUCAAAGCAACCUUCCACUUUCCCCACACGGAGUACGCACAUUGAAUGAAAAGAAAAAUUCAAAGGUUCCAAUGAUGUCUACCGGUUGUUUGAAACGCGAUAGUUAAAAUUAACAUCUGAGCCAGAAAAGCGGGAAUGUUAUACUCCAAGAAUUAGCCUUAGUGACAUGGACGCUUUUCAAUUUAAAUCACUGCGGAGUUACGGAAACCGCUUUAUCGAACGUAAACUCGUGUUUCCAAAGGAAAUUUGUACACUUUCAUGGAAGAUGAAAUUAAUUCUAGUUUAAUAUCAAAGCUUGACUUCAAUGUUUGAAUUUUUUAAUAACUAGGAUAAAACAAAUCAUGAUUUGUCCAGUAAUAUUGUUGCUUUCGACGAAGGAGAACGCUUACUAUUCGAGUCCCGCGGGACAUCCCGCGGGUAUCGUUCUGGAUGCCAUGCGAUUUCACGGUUUGGGCGUCAUCUACUGACUGGCUGGAACAUUUUGCCUCGAUCUCAUGUGUUCCGUUUUUCUUGCCCGGGAACUGGUAUAUAUAUAUUUUGUGACACUUGUUUUAAUACCAUAGAUGAAACAUUAGCUAGUUUGUGAUUGCAUCAGGUUUGUUUAUCGUUUUUUUCACACUUUUCAAUUCUGACCUGUAGUUUCUUUAGAAAGAAAAGCUCCAUACUAAGAUAAUCAGAUAUGUAGAUAUUAUGUUAACAAUAUAUCUUCACACCUUAUUUGGUUUAACUCGCCGUUAAAGCUUCACCAGCUUAUAUCGACCAUUUGAUGUUUCAAAUACUAACAUCUUUUCGCUUUUAAAAGCUGUUUACAGCCCUGUAUUCGCGUUUGUUUGACACCAUUAGAAAAUAAUAAAAGUAAAAUAGAAGUUGAAUGGUGAGACGAUAACAUUGUCAACGUCUCACUAAUUCCGAUGGCUUUAUAAUUUGAAAUCAGAGCUGAGUGAGUGGGUCGAUCACAGUGCUGGCGCAAUGUCACGCAACAAGGGUUUCAAGUCAUACUCGACACUUUGACACCUUAAUCAAUAAUCUUUCCAGAGACUCCAAUUUUAUGUGGCCUAAUUUUUAGCCAGUGUUUUGACCAUCCCUACAGUGCAAAAUAAUAUUUUGAGGAUAGUCAGUGUUUCACCUUCUGUUACUUACUUAGAGGUAAUGCCAAGAAAUUGUAAAAUAUACAGGACGUCCGUGCAUUUUUGAAAUGAAAAAGUGAUGAAUUGUAAAGUGGGAGGAUGAACAAUAACACUGAUAAAUACUGCUACUGAGAAUUAUAUUGAUUUUAAUUUAACCAUCUUACAGGUACAUCAAGUUUUACAUCCCCUUCAACUGUUCACCCCACCAACCCGGCAAUUAUCUCCCCUCCCCAUCGAACGCACUUUCCCAAUUUGCAAUUACUACCAGUUUACUGGCCUAUAGGCCUUUUUCAAAACUAACAUCAUACUCUUUGUUGUCCCUCCUAGACUACGAGCAGUCUCUCUUUUUUCUUGGUCCGUCGAGCAAAACGCCGGAGACACGCACCGCCCUCGUUUCUCGCGUCUCGUGGCUUCGCCGCUCAAGGCUCGCGCGCGCGUGCACUCCCCUUACUGAAUCUGAAGUAAAAGAGAGACUGCUCGCAGUCUAUGUCCCUCCGAGCAUUGUUUUCAAUUUCUCCUGCGGCGAUUGGAAUCACCAAGAGAAAUUAUGAAAAAUGCUUAUGCAAAAUUUUGGAGGGACGACAAAGAGUAUUAUGGUAUUUUUUCCAACAAUGCCUUUUCUCAGUUGUUUCAAAGCAUCGUCUCUCGCUCAUGCUUUUUUGGAAAUGAAAUUAUAUGGACAUAAUAUGGACAUUUCACCUGUUUGUUCCUGGAUUAAGCAUUGAAGUCUCUCGUGAGGGUCUCAAUGGCUUGGUAGCCGUAAAUUUUGAAUAUUUUGAUGGUUGGUGGUUAUUACUAGUAGAAAUUUUGUCCAAGAGUUCAUUCAGACAAAUAAAUGUUAUUUUCUGUAUAAAUUAAUAUUGACUUUUGAGUCUUGGAGGUGUUUUUGAAAUGUAAGCACGUUGUAAGAUCUUGUAAUGUCUAGCGAGUGUGUUUUUGAGAAGUACUGAGUUUUACAGUUAAGAGAUUCUUCAGGAGCCCGAAGUCCGUGAAGAUCAGCUGAAAUAAUGAAAUUUGAGAUGCCUGAGAACUUUUUGAUAGUUAAUAUUAAUCUGCAUUUUUGACGGUUAAUAGCCUGUACACAGACGUUGUUUUAUUUUCCUGUUCGUUCUUUUCGAAAACUUCGCGAGCGAAGCGAGCGUGCAAUAAAUCCCCUGCGGUUUAUAUUUCAUCACGCGCGCUCGACGGAUUUUGAAGAGAAAAUAGAGUGUCUGUGAACAGGCUAGACGGUUAACGGUUACAUUUUUUUAAGCCGUUUGACGGCUGACGGUUAACCCUAUUUAGACCCCCUUUCAUAGCAUUGAAGUCUGAGCAAUAUCUACGCGGAUACAGUCUCUGUGUACGAUGUGCUUGAUUAUUUUCACAUAGACCAUAAUUCACUUUAUUUUGGGACAAGGAGCGUUAUGACCUAUGAGAAAAUGAUGGAUUUUGAAGGCGCGCAUACGGAAGCGAGCAACUCUCAUAGUAGGCCAAUGUCACGGCGUUGUUUUCACAGACCGGUCUAUUUUUAAAUACAUUUUAGAGAACUUUUCUCCCACGGAAAAGGAUGCUCCGCUCCGUCUAUGAGUGCAUUCGAAGUAUAAGAGAAAACUAGACGACAUUUAAAGGUCACAAAUAGCAUUUUGAGGGCAUUAGCUAGCUCGUUGUGGUUUCCUGGAUGGGCAUAGUAUCUUCUUAACAGCUCAACAUAUUGAUCGAGUUUGGUUCCUACCCACGGUUCUUAGGAGAAUAAACCACGCGUUUAGCGCCCGCGCCUCUGGGUUCGAAGAGCAUGCUCGGUUACCAAGGCUUAACGAAUGCCUAUCGACUUCUGAAUCAAGACAAGGCGUAACACCAGGCUUUUCUACAAGAAAUAUUGCGGCAGAAUUCACCAGAAACGCAAAAGACUACUUCAAUGUCAAUAAUUCAACUUUAUGACAUAAAUAUUUAAUUAUUAUCUUGUCGAAACCUAUGUUUUGAUCCAAUGCCUUUUUUAGGUAGCGAGGCAGAGAUUACGCACAGUAGGUUGCCCAGUAUCCGGCCACUGCAGUUUAACAUUACAAUAACUUUCCUUUCUUAGUCGCAAGAAUUCUGAAAUUUGGCCCAGAGACAAUCUAUUUAGUCCUUAAUAUGACGAAAGGGAGUUUAAUUUUUUUGCCUUUGUUUCCAUCGCGAAAUUAAUAUUUUAGCAGAGCUCCUAUGUUGCCCAGUAUCCGGCCACAACAAUAACAACUUAAUUGUACAUGAAUUUCGACAGGCAAGCGACUUAUAAUUAUAAGCUUCUAUUGUACUUACAAGGUAGUUUGGCAAUCAAUUCUAAAAAUAUAAAUCGAUCUAGGAACCAAGCAUCGCGAAAUAAAACAUAACAAAUGACUGGCGUAUGGUGGGGAACGCGAGCGGCUGGUACAAGUUCUUACUUUCUUAUCUAGGAACUUUUUCACUGAUUUAAGGAACGCAUCCGUGGACAAGCCAAAGCCACGGUUUGCAAGCUCAAUUAGCCUAUCUGCAAACCGGUUUUUUUCUUCAUUUUUUGUUGAAACAAGAAGACGCCCGAAGGCGUAUACACGGGAUGUGUUGGUGUAAGAAAGAAUUACCGGUAUGUCCAAUGGCAAUGGAAAGUUGAGAAGUGUAUGCAACAAAUGUGUGCAGGAGAGACGGAGAUGUUCUGUUAAGGAAUAAUACACUAGAAGAUGAGUUACACACAAGGGUUGCUUUGCUACUCAAAACAAAACUUACAUCAAUAUCACCACCAUAUAUGUUAGGAGUAUGGGGUAGUUCACUAAAAUCUGCAUUCCUUUACUAAUGUCCUCCAAGAAUGCACUUCCACGCUCAACAAUAGGGUUGCAAGGCUGUACUCUAGGGAACAUUUCAGGGGGCCCUUCGGGCUCCCCAAGCAUUUUAGCUGGGGUGCCCGGGCCUCCAAGUUGGUCGCCCAAAUUAAUAAAUCAUUGAGCUUAUUAAAAAUUAAACAAAUUAUUUUCUUAACAAUACAAGCAGAAUUUUGUGAAUAUUUUUUUCAUGAAAAAUUACAUCCCUUUGACCUCCUAUCCUGAGCGUGCGAAAAAAAAUAUCCGCAUGUUGUCACAUGAAAGUAAGUUUUCGCGCCAUAUGAAAAAUAUGGGCAACAUCGCCGAAUAUUUCAUGUUUUUUAAAUGGAAAAGUAACAUUCUGGUCUGUUUAUGUAUUUUUUAUAAAAAAAAAUUGGGGUCAAAAAUAAGGACACUAUUCUCUCUACUUAUCAGUUUGAUUUACGUUGAAAAGAAAAUUCGCUUAUUAAGAUCUACUGAGAUCCCGUGGCGCUUUCCAGGAAAACUGUUAUGAUUUCAACGAAACCGCGGCGCCCCUGGGGGUGUCAUCAAAAUAGGUCAUCAAAAAAUGAAUUGCCCCAUUGAAUGAACAACACUUUACUUUUCACCUACAGUACAAAUAUCCUGGUACGUUUGCUAACCGUAAAUAUGAACAACUCUCUUACCCCAAAAAUCCGAAAAUGCGCGACCCCAUUCUAGUAACUCUUUUGAAAAUGCAACCCCACAAUAGUCAAUCCAGUCGUGAAAAUGCAACUUCAUCCAGCGGCACAUCCCCAUUAGCCUCUUAUACGGUCUUUGAAGGGCAACACGAUUCUGAUUGGGGCUUCUCUUUUAUCAGCCACUUGGGUGUGUGAAUCCUCGGACACUUUGGAUUCAAUGAAUUGGCGAAUGGUUGACUGCACAAGGUCGUCUGGAUAGCGCAGUCGGGAGAAGAUCUCUUUAAGGCGUUCACAUUCCUCGUGAAAAAAACUUCCACGCAGACGAGAGUUUAAACGCACGGUUAAGCAUGGUGUUCAGGAGUGACCGUUUGUAUCUGGCGUCAACGUGACUGUGGUAGUGUAGCAGAAGUCCAGUGUCCGUUGGUUUUCUGUAAACCGUGGUGUCUAGGCGGCAACCAUUCCUUAUAACAUUCAUUCCGAGAAAGGGAAGCAAAUCAGCAAACGUAGUACGUAAACAGCUGGCUGACCUGAGUAGGAAGAUCAACGCAGACAUCAGCCCAGUUUACACAAGUAGGAAGAUCAAAGAUGAAAUUAAGGUCAAGGAAGACAAGCCGCCUCUUGUGAGUCAACAAUGCGUGGUGUAUUCUUUCCAGUGUAGCCUGUGUGAUGCAGGCUAUGUCGGCUACAGGUGCCGACACCUACACCAACGAAUUGAAGAACACAAAGGAUCGGCAAUCGGAAACCACCUCGGAGAGCAGCAUGAUAUGGAGCCUGAAGACAUCGCACAAAGUUUUAGAAUCUUAAGAAAGUGUCAGAACAAAUUUGACUGCCUUAUUUUUGAAAUGUUUUUUAUCCAAGAACUGAAACCGACGCUUAACAAACAGUGCGAUUCAAUUCGCGCCAAAUUAUUUGUUUAGAGUAGUUCUUGUUAACAUUGUUUUAUUUCCAUUGUUUUUUGACUUUAUAAAUAUUUUUAGCACUUUUUACAUUUUUACAUAUUUUAUCACAUUUUAGCGUUCACCACAUUUUUAUCUAUUAUAACUUGUUUUUAACUUAUUUAUGCUAAUUUAGAGAACUUUUAUACACUUGAAAAUGACCUCGGAGAGGUCGAAACGUCGUGAUUUUUUAUCGCUAAUAUUUAUCUCAAAAUCGAUUUCUAAGAAACUACUUAUUAAGAUUUUUCGAGGAAGAAAGAAUUAUUAUUUUGGCUUCCCCGGGGUUUGAACCGACUCACCUGUGUGACCCGUCAGGUCAGAGGAGACUCUAAGUUGAGGGAUUAGCCGAUUGCGCUACUGCGACCCAAGGUAGUUUGGGAUAUGAAAAAUAGUUAUGAAAUUAUGCAGUAGUUUCGGGACAAGAUUGGGCGUGCAAGUUCGCGACUUUUCGGCUUGUUUCGGCUAUUUCACGAAAUGAAACCGCACUACUUUGUGAUAUCUAGAGAUCACUUCGAGUUUAGUCUUUGAUUUACUCGAGGAAUAAAUAGAGAAUAUUACGUGGCCGCGCAGAGACACGAAAUUUCUCUUCGAGUGUUGAAAAACAUUUCACGAGUGAGCCCUCCUUUCGAACUGCUUUAUGAUGAAUUUAAAGUUACAAAAUGCUGCACAAAGACAUUUUGUCUUUGUUGAGUGUUACGUAGUAAAAUUGCUUUCAUGCGUUGCGCGACUUUCUCGAACGUUCUCUACUUUUUUGGAUUAUUCAUGAAUAAUUGAUUAGGGCAUGUUUACAUUUCAGCAUGAGUCAGCAGAUUUGCAUCAGUUACUGAAAUCAUAAAAUAUGUCGAAAAGCUACUACUAUUCGCCCGUUUAGUAUUUUCUAGAACGUUAUGUCAAACGGUAUACAAGUUCCAAGCGAGGUCUUUUGACGAACUAAGUUUUUUUCUCACGAGCUGGACUGCUGUGUUUAGUCAAGUAUGACGAAGGCCGAUUUUCAAGUUUUGUGUUUACAAGUUGGCGGAAGCCGUAAGAUAUCUGAAGUUCAAGUGAAAGUUUGUUAUUAUUGGUAGCGGCUGUUUAGUUGUACUUAAGUUCAAGUCAAGUUUGUGAUGGCGGAUGCUGUGUUUUAUAGCUCUGAAAAGGCUAUGUUCCUUUGGUAUUAAACUUCCUUGUGUUAAUCCGACAUUCCUGCGUGCUGAUGGUCAGUGAAUAAUUAUGUCCUCAAAAUAUUCGAACUCGUAACAGCCAAUUCCAUGCUCAACGUAAUUGACUCCUUACCCAUGCCUUACUUAUCUUUAAUCAGUACAUGAGACUGCUAUGCUGUUUUUGAAGCCUGAUGUGACUAAGAAUGAGAACUCUUUUUUCACUGUUUGUUUUGUUAGACUUGUUAUUCACCGCCAGUAACCACCUCAUAUUUGACUUAGGUCUAAACUUUUAGACCCAAGUCAAAUUUAGAAGGAUUUGUAUGGAGUCAUCAGAGCAUAACUGGGCUAAUAUCUCAGAGACAAUUUGUCCCGAAAUGCUAGUUUUUGGCAAGUAGGCCUCUUGGAUGUUGCUCUUUUCAGAAUAUCCUGACAAAUCCCAUAAUUUCACAAAUUAACACCUUACUCUUACCAUAUUUCAUUUCUUACUAUUCCUCCGCGUUUACAAUUAAUCAGUUCCACAACCACGACGCCGAAGUGUACGCUCCGUAGCGUCUUGUCUUUUCAUAUUAUGGGUGAAAUGCUCAGGACAAAUGAGCUUUUGUGGAUCCGGUUAGCUUUUGCGUAUUUAUUUUUAGUACGUGAUACGUAAUGCCUUGGCACGACUCGAAAGACUGCGGGAUUUUAUAGACUUAUACCCGAUUCUGAAACAAUCACAAUAAUAGUCGUCUCUUUUCUUUUUUAUACAUCGUAUUUUACUGGAAUAACAAUGUUAGUUAUGUUUUAGCCUCGCAGACACAGCAGUGAAAAAAAAAGGUAAAAAUAUUUUAAUUAACAAAUAGCGACUUCCGUGUUUAUUCAGCGAUUUCUCAAAAUACAAAACUAUUGUUUUGCGUCGCCGACCGUAGUUUACGCCUGUCAGAGCAAACGUAACAAUUUGUUUAGAAAAACUAAUGAACCAUCCUAAUUUGAAGAAAAAAUUUCUAUGUUAUUAUGAAAAGCUGUUACUAUCGAAAACUGUGCUGCUUGUCACGUUCAUAGUCAAGGAUUAUGUUACAUGUGAAUUCACGUGAAACGACCUGUGAACAUCAACGCCUGCCCGCUGCCCGAUUUAACAACAUUUUCUUAAAGCUUUUUGAUAGACAUGCUACAUAUUGCUACUUACAAGUCGACCUCAAGAGUUUCUUAGCGAGCGGAGCGUUCUUUUUUAGGCCGCGAAGCCACCGAGCGAGCUACGAUUUCCCAAGUAAUAAAUUCUAGACAUUCUUAGCUUUUUGACUGUAAAUCAACAGAAUCAAGAAACCAACACCAGCAAGUCGCUCGGCUGGGGCACCUAGACAAUAUUUUUAGUCGCCCGGGGUCCACGUGAUUUGAAGUUGCAGCCAAUAAAAAUCUCACAAUUUUUCGGGAAGGGCACGAAUACGGGAAAGUUAAAAAAACAAGGCAAGUUUUGACUCCCAAGACGACGAAAGGAAUGCGCUCCCGAAUUUAAGACCCUGGCUGACUACGUCAUCCCGCGUAAAAAAUAAAAAUUAAAAAAUAUGGCGUAGGGACCUCAAUCCGACGGUCAAAGGUCACUCUCCUAUUUAGUAUGACCUGAGUUAGUGUUGAUUUCUUCAUGCUCAGUUGCCACAUUUGGCCUGCUUUUCUAACCCUAAUUCCUCCUUCUUUAACAUGUCGCAAUCCCUUUGAGACAUUUUUCAGACCGUUGCAACCCCAUUCUAGUAGUCACAACUGGGGAAAGUAUGAGAAUUCCCGGUUCAACUCCGACCCUUCCCGUUAUUUAUAGAAAAUUCAGUCACCCGAAACAAGCCGUGCACACGAAAUCAAGUCGCCUUGAACUGAGUGAAGAAAAUUUCGAUAAGGAGUUGAGUAGAAUUACAUUUUACGAUUAUGUCAUAUGUCCCAAGCUUUCAUUAUAGUUACAGAUAUGAAAUAAUCUUAUCCGGAUAAUGUACGCAGCUAAUUAAUCGAUUCUGUACAGCAAAGAAAAAACUGGCCGGAUAUUGGGCACCUGACAUCAAUACUUAGUGAAUGUUUCUGGCCUCCGUUAUUCCAAACAAAUUGAAUAUCAAGAAGAAUUCAUAAAUUUUCUGAGAACUUAACUUCUUUAAGUAUCUUCACUUUAAAAUAAAACAGUUUCUUUGAAAAUAUCACAUAUUGCCAACCCAUUUCUGAACAGCUCUAGUUUUGCUGCGCAGUAAACAGAGCAUAAAUACUAGCCAUGAAAUUAAAGUGUACUAACCUGAACAGAACGGCGCCUUCUGCAACUGUUUCGCAAGCUGUAAACUCGCCAAAAGCUGCAACUAAAAGCUGAAAUGUUCAGCUUUCAUUCGAAAUACUUUGUUACCGAGAACUGAAAAGGGCGCCUCAGAAACUGAGUUUUUGUUUUAAGUGGCCGGAUACUGGCCGGAUACUGGUAUCAAGCCCCCCAUUACUUCCGUUCCAUUAGGUCAAGAACGAAUGUUCUUAUGAUGUUUCUCAUACGUUUCUCUUUUUGUGUGUGCCAGUAAAAGAUUUGUUAUCUAAAAUAGUAUGAUGUUGUGCUUCAUGUUCUUGUCUUCAUAUUAAAAACAUCUUAAAUGUAUUUUAUUUAUGAUUUUGAAAAGUAAUGUUUGAAUUUUGUUACCUUUUCUGAUAGGGAUGCAUUACUUUUGUCUCUUAUAGUGUACUCAAGACAAGCAUAUGUAUGACUGAAAGUGGCAGCAAUGACUAUGCCCCAUGUUGGGGAUGAUGAUCUGUAUCAUUAUAUGCACGAAAUUAUAGAGAAAGAAUUUCCGAAGGCAUUACGUCAAGCCCUCAAAACUUUAUGGGAUAACAAAUAUGCACUUAUAUAUGGACCCUUUGAUAGCGCUUGUCAUCGGUUCAGGCUCUUUCAUGCUCUUAACUCGAACACGUUGAUAUGGCUUUUCCCGAAUCAAGUUUCCUCUGCCUUUCAACGUCCUUCAAAUCCAGUUUCUUCGAUAUCAUUCGAAGACUUGGAUCUUGUUGAAUUGAAAAAUGUUAUACUAGACGACGUUUUUCCCGGGCGGAACCCUUAUCUUUCAUUCGACAUCCCGUGGAAAUUGUUUUCAAGGAACCCAGAGAUACCAGACGUAGACAAAAGAUUGUUUGCUACUGCUAUUGAUCAACUGAGGGCUAUAAAAGCAGAACAUGUUAAUGGCAAGGGAAUCAUGAACCCUCAAUUAUUAAAGCGACAAUUAGCACAGGCAAGAGGGGUAUUUGCGGCCUUUAACGUCACUCUGAAUGACUCAAAGAAUACAUUUGAUUUUUCAGCAGCUGGACUACAGAAUUUAAUGUCAGGUAAGUACGUGUACUAUUCUGCACUUGCCCUUGUUAUUCUGUAAGCAUGAACAUUAAUUUUUAUAACAUGACAAAAGUAGAGCGUGCGCUCUGAUUGGUCGGUUAGCCAUGUACCAUUUGCCCAUUGGUGCAUGCUAACGAAAAGCUAGCUUGGUGAAAUUGAGGCAAAUUGAGCAAAUAUCCUCACUAAACAGUCUUAUGAGUCAAAAAUAUGCACCCGGUAAAGUAUACAAAUGACAAGUAAAACUUGAAAAGUUACUUUGUUGUCGCUUUGAGGGAAAAUGAAAAAGUCAAGCAACAAAUUUUCCUUGGUAGAUUUCAUCCUUGUUUAUCUAGCCUGCGUGGCCGGCGUUGAAAGGGGAAGGGGAAGGGGGAAUUUGGGCGCGCGCGCCGGCCACGCAGGCUAUUGUUUAUCCUGCGCGGCGGAGAGCUCAGGAGAAUAGCGAAAUGUGCGAAGUUUUUAAAGGUUUUAACGCCCGGUAAUUGAAGUACAUUUUGUACGUUAUACUAGAGAAAAUUACGUUUUGAAAUGGGUAUGCAUCAAUUAGAAUUGUGUUCUUACUUUUUCAGUCAAGUUGAUGUUAAAUUCAAGCAAAUAUUUUAGGAUACGUGCCCAGAUUCGAGACAGCUUUGUUGUGUAGCUUUGGUUCAAUUUUAGCUGAGAGUAGGAACACAUGACGCUGGAAUGGUAGUGCCAAUAAAUUUUUCAAAAAAAAGACUUCUCUGAUUAUUAUAUUGUUCGGAUCCGAGAUCACUCGGAUCAUGGUAGAUCAAAUGAACCGAUGAAUCCUUGUCCGGAGUGGAUUCAUUGGUUCAUUUGAUCUACCAUGAUCCGAGUGAUCUCAGAUCACUGAUCCUGAUCCGAAUCAUCCCAAAGGAACGAACCGUUUAUCCAUAACAGUUGAAAGCACGGUCGUAAGACAACAGCAUCUAAAUUGUUCACGAAUCGCUUUAGCGCACUUUUUGUAGGCAAAUUUUUGCAAUUUUGACUUUCAGCUCCGUUCCCCUGGACAAAUUUCGAUUCGAAGCUAUUGUAAUUAAUUUCUUUUGAAAACUAGCGUUAUUACCUUUUAUUCUAAAGGGGAUACAGUAAUUUUUCUUAUUUCUACUUUAAUUUUACUGCGUAACGUAUUUGUUACGCAAUUCAUAAAUUACCGUAUUCUAAGUCGCACAGUUUUUGAGUUGCUGUUUAUCGCUGCAGCUACGUACUGUUUUCCUCGUAGCAUUUGCCCUAACAUCAAGGUAACAUCAAGAGCAAGUAGACAGACGCCAUUCACAUUAACGACGAAAAACGUUUUGCAAUUUACCUUAAGACGGAGAACAGUUAAUUUGGCGAAGAAAAACGUUAAAUGCAAGUUUCAGACGUUUUUGAAAGGCAUGAUGUGUUUUCACACUAGCAGAUGACAGUAUUCAUGUUUUCUCUUUUGAUUAUGUUGUAAAAGAAAUUAGAAGACGUUGCAGCUGUGCAACAAUCGAGUUAUGAAUGCACUUGGAAGGUUCGCACUCUUACGCUUCUUUCGUGCUUAGCCACCUGUUGCGUGGCCAUAACUCGAUGGGUGUACGCUGCACGUUUACCAUUUCUUAAUGGGUCUUAAUUGGUUGUCUUUUGUUGCGGUCAGAUUAUAACAACUGCAACAAAAUACUAAACUGUUCUGGAUGACAGAGAUUAAAUCCGCUCUACAUGUUCAAAGGUACUACCAAAGAUAGAACUCCUCUAUAACAAGUUGCAUCAAGUAACUUACAUUGCCAUUAGUGAUAUGUCGCUGGAGUUUUGAAAACAUGACUGCGUAUGUCCUUGUUAUUCCAACAGUUACUGUCUAUGAAUCACGAGUAAUUUCCUUAAAAACAAAUGACGCUUUGGUAGAUUUUAUUCCAAACCAAUAAAACUCCAACAGUAACGGGCUUGAAAACCGAUACACUAGCCAAGCAAGCUAUUCUCACCGGUGAAAACACGCACAAAAACCUAAAUUAGCAUCAAUGCACUACCUGACAGUCAGAGCGUGGCCUGAGAGAAUACACGGCAUACCUUGUCCCUCAGUUUAAAGAGCAGCCUGCUUAAUUAUUCAGCUAGUUCUUGUAGAGUUUAGGUCACGGCACCCUCGAUAGCAGUUCUCGCCCCUCCCUCUGCCGCAGCUAUGGGACAUAACUCGUGUUCUCUCCUGGUUCACCAACUCGCAAAGCCUCGGGCCGAUUCUCCCAUAUCUUAUGCAUUUAGGCUCAUUUGGCUUUGUGUGCGGGUGUUCCGGGUGAGAACAUGUAAAUAUUCGGACUUCAAAACCGAAUGCUUCAACAAAGUUUCAAUUCUCUCAAGAGCACGCUGUCAUCAAAAUCUGUUCUCAAUCAAAAAACUACUCAGUUCAAAUGUCACAUAAUCACGUGCUCCAAACGUGAUCGCCUACAUGUAAGUCUAAAAAUGUCAUGCACGACGACACACUCCCCCCUUGACUAGUCGAAUCACUGGUCAGUACAGUCAGCGUUUUGAUCUGCAAGACGCGUAGGUCGCCUGACUCCUUCAAUCCUCUGCUCCUCCUGGGGUUGUUUAACGUCAAUCAGGUACUCCAAGGGAAACAGCCUUUGAAUUGGCCUCUUCAUAGUGGCAGGUCUUCUACUCUUACUGAUAACCUUGACUACAGCAGCUCUAACGCAAUCGUCUCCACCAAGGAUCAACUGCUCUACUUGGCCAAGCUUCCACUGCUACGGAGCAGAUUGUCUUCGAAAACGGUAACAACAUCUCUCACAGAUACAGCAAUGCUGAAUCUAGGUCUGGUUUUCUGCCGAUGCAGGUUCCUUAACUCUGUAACAUACUCUCUGCUCCAGCGCCUCCAAAAUUGCUCCAGUAGUAAUCCCAGGUAUUUUCGUCUCUUUGGGAGAUCCUCCGACGACACUGUAUGGUCAACUGAGGCUUUUCGAUUUCCUGUCACCUCCGGCAGUGAUAAUAUUCGUUUUCCGAACAUCAAGUGACUUGGUGUCAACGGUUCUUCAGGAUCAUCUGACGAUAUGUAAGUUCAGGGUCUAGAGUUAAGAGUUCCCUCAACCUCGACUAGAACAGUGCGCAACUCAUCGUAGUUUAGCCUAGCAUUCCUAAGUGUCUUCCGCAAACGUCUCUUUGUAUUCUAAAUUAAUCGCUCAGAAAAGCCACCCCACCAGGGAGCUCGGUCCACAUUAAAUCUCCAGUCCAUCCUUUUACUGGCCACGAAUUUCUUGACUCUUGGGUAAGAAAAUAACUCACUCAAAGUUUUAGCUGCAGUUUUAAACGUUUUGGCAUUGUCUGAGAUAAUCAGUUCUGGUAAACCUCUUAUGACUCUGAAUAUCCCCAGGCAACGAAUAAACACAUCAACUGACAGGUCCAAAGCAAGCUCCAAAUGUACUUCUCUCGUGAAACAGCAGGUGAACAGGAGAACAUACACCUUCUGUAACUCUGACUGUCCUGACACCUUAAUUUACAAAGGUCCAGCAUAAUCUACGCCGACAUAAGUGAAGGCAGGUUUUCUGGCUAAAUCUAAACUCGGGCAACUCACUAUGAGUAGGCUUUCUGUAACUUUCCCCUUCAUAUCUGCGACAAACUGUAUACUAGCUAGCUAGUGUUUUUUUUUUAAACAAACUGUCGUCCCUUGAAAAUCCAAACUCUGCUCCUCAACUGGGCUAGUGUAGCUUCUAUCUUGUUGUGAUGUACCCUUUCAUGAGCGUCUCUCACCAACAGAGUUGAAAGAUAAUGAUUCUUUGGCAGUAAGGCCGGGAACCUCGUCUCAUGGGGUAAAUCGGCAUCAGCAAUUCUCCCCUUACAUCUAAGUACUCCACAACUGUCUUUGUGCAAACCAAAGUCUCGCUCUAGUUGACUGUAAUUUGCUUGGGACUUUAAUUCUUUCUGGACUCUCCUUAACCUCCUCAGUUCAACAUUUCCAAUUUCUUCUGCACUGAUCUCUCCCAACUAAACAGUUCCUUAUUUCAGUAACUUGGCCUUGAUUUUAAAAAUUUUUCACAAAGCGCAACACCAAGGCUGUAAUACGAAACAGCUUGUCACAGGAGCUGAAAUCUGUACUUGGAAUUAAAAGUGUCUAUACUGGGUGUCCCAUUUUUAGUUAACAAUACUGCUUCACCCGCAGCCUCGAUAGCUUGGCCUUUCUUCAGCUCUAAGCAACACUCCUCGGUAAUUAUUUUAAAACAUUCUUUAAAACUGGGCCAGUUUUUCAUGGGCUUUGACAGCCACGAUGGUCCUUUCCAACGAAGCACAUUACCCUUUAACUUGGCGGCACCUUCUCCGCGAGAUCGUAUGUCUGCCGGGUUUUCAACAUCUCGGCAAUGGUUUCACAUUCUCUGUUCAGCUAAAGACAAGAUUUUGUUAACACGAUUUUGGACAAACUGCUUCUACUCCUUCCAACCCUUUAUCGAGCAGAUUGCAGUCUGCUGUCCAACCACAAGUGUGUCUUGUCAAUUGCAAUCUGUUGCGCCAAGGCCUCUUUAACUGAGGACACCAAUCUUACUAAGAUGACCCCAGACAGUAACUCGAGUCUAGGGAUUGACUGCCUUGUCAGCAGUGCCACUCUGGUUUUGGAUUACAACAAAACAGGAAAAUAAUCACCUCUCACUUCAAGAACCAAUUUGCAGCACAAUAUGCUUUCUCUGAAGCGUUCCUAAACCCAUGAAUAGAAUACGACGUAACACCUUCCUCUAAUCCAGCAUACACACACCUCGGCAUUAGUACCUGCUGCACAUCUUUUAAGUUCCUGAAGCCACCUGUUCCACUGUUUCCGGGAAGACUCUGGGAAUGGUGCAUCCCACUCAAACUUCUCCUGACAAAAAGACUGAAACAAAACGUUCGUUUCCACCGGCGUUGGACCAAGUACUCCAAGGGGGUCCGAAAAACUUGAAGUAAUCUUUAACAAAUUGCUCCUGGUCGGUUACAAACUUUCUGCAAGUCUCAGUAAGGCUUCGAAUUUGAAAAUGGAACUCAUCAGUAACACAGUCCCAGUAAAGGUGGUCCGAACCUAUUUAUAUGCGAGUUGGUUAUGUUUUUAAAUAUAGUUUUUCGGCAGAAAUAAUUUCACCUAUUUCUGUGAUUUUGGCAACUUUAAUAAAGAAUGGUGAAACUUUUAGCAUUGAGACUUGGACUAUCGUUGCUGGGCUUUGACGACGCAGCAAAAACAACACGAAGUUUAGUUGCAAGGGCCUCCCUGAAUAACACCCCAUUAUGAGGUAAAUAAUACGCCCUUCCAACAUCAGGACGCUUGGCACUGUUUUCUUGCUCAAUUAUACCACUCUGCAACUGAUCUUGUAAGAUGGAGUCAUAGUCUACAAAAAUCUCUGGAUCCCUUUUAAGACGUUUAAGCUGCGAAGCCAAUCUUGCAACACAGUUCUUAAAAUUAUCUGGUAACAGCCGAUGUUGCUCCUUCCAAGGUAAGUGGACAAAAUACUUGCAAUCUUCAAAGUUCAAAUUCUCUUCAAAGGUUUCACGAACAGUAUCCUUAUGUCGUAUGCCAACAGAAUCCAAAUCCCAUACUUGCAGCGUAUCUUUAACAACUCUUGACUCCGUUCUCAGGGCACACAUCAGCAAGUUCAAUGUCUUUUAAGCUAGGAUACUUCUUAACUCAUUCCAAAUAUUGGCCUUGUAAAUCGUUACAAAUCUGACGAGAGACUGCAAAUGCAUUCAGUGUUAUUUUUAAGUCUGUUUCUGAUUUGGUUAUAGAAAGUUCGACCAGGUUGACAGCUUCCAGCUCUUGUUUUUGAUCCCUAAAUGUUGCAAUUUUCAGUCUUUCUGCCUUGACAGGUCUUAAUUUCAAGGCAUUUACUACCUUAUCAAAAAUCGCACUUACAGUGAGACUAUGAGAUUGUUCAUUCCAAGGGAUUGAGACAUUUACCUGAGCCGUUUGUAAGAAAACAUGCAUCCCAGAACUUAUGAUCAUGAGUAACGCGGGUGAGUCUCUGCGAUUAUUACUGCUGUCUCCAAUACUACUAUUACAAACUGCCAAAUGAUGACAGCCAUUGUACCUAAAGCACUGGAUUUUGGUGUCACAGUUACGGGCUAGGUGCCCCCCACGACGCAAGCAAUUAUAACACCUCCCUUGUUUCUUCAGAAUUUCUCUUCUUCCAUCAAGAUUUGUCACAGCUUGGUACUCAGACGCUCGGUGAUUUCCAUUGCAAAAGAAACAGUUUAACUCCCCCUGACUUCUAGUUAACAAUGCCCUGCCAGUCUAUCCAUUCCCUGAGUUAAACGAUUUCUUUGAGGGGAUUUUUUUGCUCCACAGAUUUAUUCAAACAACCCCUUUCACGGGCCUCACUUAAGGUUUACAGAAGUUAGCUCCCAGUUAUCCUUAUGUUCCCUGCUGACUAUCAAUCGAAACUCUUCCGGUAAUUUCUCUAUAGGUAUUAAAAGAGUUCCAUACUGUGAAGAAUCAAUUUCCACAGCUUGUAAACCUCUAACCUGAAUAUCCAAAUUAUUGAGAACAGCUCAGAUUUCCUUAACGUUAGGCGUUGCAUUUACUGGUUGUAGUUUAAGUCACGCUUCCAUGUGAGAACUAAUAAUUAUCUGCUUGUUUCCAAAUCAUUCGGUUAAGAUUUCAAUAGCCUCCGUAUAGUUCCGUUAAAUUACUGGUAAUUUAGGGCUGGGACAUGUAAAAAAGGCUUCGAAGAUAACUAAACUUGUCAACAUUUGUCAGCAAAGCGUUUCCAUAUACCGCAGAUGAAAACGAUUCGUCGAUUACAGUUAAAGUCGAUUCUUCCAAAGCCUUUAAGGUCGCUAAUUUGUCAUUGAGCGUAAUAGUUAUCCGUUUUACCUUUUCUUUACUUUAGUGGUAUUAGACCCAUCGUAAUUCAUGAGAAGUUUAUCAACUGUUUCAAGAACUUUCCUUGUGUAUUAGCGAUGCCCUGCACGUAUUUUCAGGUUCUUCGCUAGUUUUCCAGGCAUAAUACUGAGCUAGUUCUCACUACAAAUCCCGCUCUUGGGACCAAAUUAAAUAUAGUAGAUUUUAUUCGAAACCAAUAGAACUCCAACAGUAACGGGCUUCAAAACCGAUACACUGGCCAAACUAUUCGGACUUCAAAUCCGAACACUAGUCUUAGACAAAAUUACAAUUCUCUCAAAAGCGUGCUAUCAUCAAAAUCUAUUCUCAGUCAAAAAACUACUCAGUUCAAAUUAGGCUCACCUACAUAAUUCCCGAAAUGUGACUUCAAAUUCUUUCCGGAAUUUCCCCGAAAAAAGGGUCUAAAUUCUUUUAGAAAUGUCUAAAAUUCUCCAAAAGCUCUCCAAAGUUCCCAAAAAUUUUUCAAAAAAUUUGGGUUUCUUUUGAGAUAGCAAGGGCCCCUUUUGGUGAAUAACCGCUAUUACGUUGUAGUACAGAUGACUCUGACGAAAAACCGCUGAUUUGUUGUGCUCAGAGGACAGUGCUCUAGACACUGCUGUAGCUUGUGAGCGGACGAAGCCCUCGUCUCUUGGUAGGUAAGCAAAAACGUUUUCUCGACGUUUUUGCCUAUGAAAUGUUGCCAAAAUGUCAGGUGAAUAUUCAAAUUCUUCAGUUUUUCAUUUUCUUUCUAACCUUCCCGAGAUUUUUUAAAAUUGUUUUUGAUAUCUAAAAUCCUCCCCCCCCCCCCCAAAAAAAAAAAACUAAGCCUAGUUCAAAUGUCACAUGAUCACGUUCUCCAAACGUGAUCGCCUACAUGUAAGUCCAAUUUGUCUUGGAGACGCAAUUUAACAGGAAAACUCCGUGACAGAUGCAGAAUAGCAAACGCAAAAACGCAGGAUUCAGUUCAUGUACACCCCAUGUGACUUGCUCAAAGCGUUAAUAGAUGGGUGGAGAGCAUGGCGAGUAAUGGGUGGUUGGAGGCCAUUAUCACGACAAAAUUAUCAGUUCGUCUGGUCAGGGGAAGUGUACAUUUUUAUCUUAGAAAAGUCCUCGCACAUAAGGGACUUCUCGCAGAGCAAUAGAAGGAAAAAUAUCUCUUUAAUUAGUCGUGGCUCAUACUGGGACUCGUCAACCUGAACAUAUCUCGCAUUUGAACGAAAAAAAACUCAGAAGACAACUGUGAAACCUCAAAUGCUAAGAGGCGCGCCCUAAACACACAUACUGGACAUUUUACGGGGAUAAUCUCCAAGCAUUUUCACUUCUCUGUUGUUCUAGAGUUACAGUGAAGCUUAAAUUUGAUAUGCUUAUAUGUAACCCUUUGAAUACCGAAUUUAGGUGGCGAAAAAGAAAACGCAUUUUCUUUCCAACAUCUCCUUUUCGCAUCGGUUUUCCGCCAGUACAGUAGUUACCAUGGAAAUGGCUAAAAAUGAAAUCUUCAGUUAUUGUUUGUUUUGUUUUUGAAAUGGAAAUUGUUGGUUAUGCUGACAUCUGUUUAUAAAUGGUCUGUCUUGUUUUAUUAUUUUUAUUAUUUUUUUUAAUUUCAGAAAGGAGUGCAAUGCAGUCGCUUGAACCCCUGUCCCGUUUUUCAGAGCAUAGUAAGUGAGUCGCUCCUAUAUGUGAAGGGGCUACUUUUGCUUGAAGAAUAACCACUACCAGCCUUUCGCGCACUUGGAAUUUAUUUCUACUUGACAAAAGGAAAUUGAAUCGUGGCGUCCGAAUGUGUCGUCGAAAUAGUCAACUGAAAAUUAAAUCAAUAUUUAAUACAAGAAAAGGUUACUAUACAAAUCAAUUUUUGUUGAAGCGAUGACAGGCAAAUUUUAACUUACAAUUUGUGUAUGCGGCUUUAAAGUAUGCUUCACAACUUGGAUUCCUGAUCGGUGACACUUGGAAAUGUAAGUUACAUAACGAAUAUGCUUCUAUUAAACUAGUUAUAGCUAUCGCUAAGUACCAACGAGCAAAGAUGUUACCUAUACGCGCGCGCUGUUAAAUUUGUUUAGAAAUGUCACGAAAUACAGUAAUUGACGAAAAAUAAAUCUAACUUAAUUCGAUUGCAUUGAAAUAGUGCAAACGUAACGCAAGGGGCACACAUACACCAACCCACGGCCAGACCAGUACGUCACGCAUGUGCACAGCCAUAUCACGCGGGCAGUGACAGCCACAGACAGCUGUUUCGCCCAUGUUGGGUCCCACCGGCGUGUCAUAGCUGUUGGGUUAAUGAAUAGGGAAGAGGAGAACCCGCGUCUCAAAAAUCCCAUACUGCCGAGGUGUGUGCAAAGAAGUCUAUUAAGCGCCAGCUCCACACAACACAUGUGGGAGCUGUUGGUUGGGAACUGCACAGCAGUUCUACCACGACAUGCGCGGGGAAGGUGGAUCACGAGUUACCAGUAAAAGCAAGGGGCACACAUACACCAACCCACGGCCUGUUCAUAACCUCAGGCAUGCGCACAGCCAUAUCACGCGAGUAGUGGCAGCCAUGGAAACCUGUUUCGACCUUAUCAGUUGCCGAGGAAAACCCGUGUAUUUUUUUUUGUUUCGAGGAGGGCAUACAUGACAGAGUGCAAUGCCAAGUCACCGAUUUAACAACAAAGAACACAGACACAGCACUGUACGACACCAUAGUAUACAUUACAGGUUAACAUGCCUCCGGAUGUGUGCACAAGCACACCAAAAGUCGCCGGGGUAAUGAGCCCCGCCACCCCUUACACAAGUACGUUACUGGACAAGCCCGACAGAGGGCAAAACAGCACAAGCGGCCAAGUUAAAAGACACGAGAGGCGAUAGCUAAGCACCAACUAACAACAGACACAAGACCGGGAAGGACUCCACGAAGCUGAUGGCGCGCUAUGAGAUGGAGAAAAAGGGCCAGGCAACAACGCAGGGGACCAACAUCCAAAAAAAACCAACAAAGAAACAAGGGCUAACGGCAAACGACAAUCUGGGAGAAACCCUACGAGGCUGAUGGCGCUCUAUAUGGUGAAAUAAAAGGGCCAGGUAGAAACGCAGGGGGCCAACACUCAGCAAACAACAAACAGAGCUUAUAAGUGAACUACUAAACGACCAUCAACAACAGACGCAACGACACCACGCGCACCCCACUGGCGGACAAAAAAGCGACGGAGACGAGCAGAAAGAGAGCGUUUAAAAAACAGCGGAAGAUAGAAACGGACGCGGACCCGAACCUUUGCCAGUACAUCAGCGGCGAUUGGAGCAACAUCACGAAAACGAUAAUCGUUACAGGCCUGCGACAAGAAAAACGUACAGACAUUCAGCAUGUAAACAAAGAUGCAAGGGACGCAGAAGAACUCAUCCUGGUUAAAGCCAAAUAGAACGUGACGGCAUGCUAGGGACGGAACAAGAGCAGAACAACGAAGCAGAAGAGCUUGUAACCAGGACAAAAUAGACUGUGCAAGGGGGCAGUAGAAAAACAGGUGGUCAAGGGUCUCUAAAACUGCAGGACUACAGAAGCAGGCGAGCGGGAAAUCUACCAUGCCAAAGAUAAUCACCAGACGAUGGGCCGUGCGGAGAACUCCAUGCGACAUUACCCAUGCCAGAUCAGUCACAGGGCGGUCCACAGGGAACCGAAACAGCUGGUCCCAUGUAGAAUGUUAGUGCAAAGCCCCCAAAACAGGGGCGAAAUGACAAACACAAUUUGGAGUGGUUGGCUAUAAGAAGAGAGUACACCGACUUGGUGGUAGGUUCGGCAACCGCAAUAGGAGACUCACAAGAGAAAGAACCCACGACUUAGGACUCCCGAGUGACCGAGAAAGAACCCUCGGCAGCGACCCAUGCGGAGAGAAGGCCGCGAUAAAACGGAGGCAAAGACGAUAGAUCAUAAAGGUAACGGCGUGAGAGAACCACACCUGGCAAAGAACCGAAGGCUUUGCGGCAAUAAUAGAACAAGAAUUGCAUCCUGCAUGAAAAAGAAGUAACAAAACGUCUAACCCACUGGACAUGGAGAGCCCAAACCUUAAACUGGACAGACACUACUCCAAAACCACCAGAACCAUGAGGUUGGACGACAACGUGAGCUCCCCCUCCCCCCCUCCCGGAAUUAUGUAGCAAAAACCUAGUUCAAAUGUCACACGAUCGCAUGCCCCAAACGUGAGCCAGAAAUGUCACGCACGACGCAAUGUAUUAGAAAAACUCCGGGACAGACGCAGAACAGCAAACACAACGACGCAGGAUUGAAUUCAUGCACCCCCAUGUGACUUGCUCAAAGCAUUAAUAAUUGGGUCUAGAACAUGGCGAGUGAUAGGUGGUUUUAGGCCAUUAUCACGACAAAAUUUUCCGUUCCUUUGGUCAGGGGAAGUGUACAUUUGACAUAGAAAAGUCCUCGCACAUAAGAGACUUCUCGCACAGCAGUAGAAGGGAAAGUACCUCUUUAACUAGCAGUGGUUCAUGCUGGGACUCGUCAACCUGGACAUAUGUGGAAUUUGAACCAAAAAACUCAGAGGACAACUGUAAAACUUCAUAUGCUGAGAGGCUCGCCCUAAACACACAUACGGGACAUUCAGUACCCUGAUAAUCUCCAAGCGUUUUUACUUCUUUGCAUGUUGUUCAGUAGAGUUACAGUGAAGUAUGCGUUUGAUGCGCUACAUAUUUAACCCUUUAAAUACGGAAUUUAGGUCGCGAGAAAAAAAGCGCAGUUUCUUUCCAACAUCUCCUUUUUAGAUCUGUUUCUGCCAUAACAGUAGUUAGCAUGGAAAUAGCUAAAAAUGAAAUCUUCAGUUAUUGUUUGUUUUGUUUUUGAAAUGGAAAUUGUUGGUUAUGCUGAGAUCUGUUUAUAAAUGGUCUGUCUUUUGGAUAUUUCAGGAUCUGAUUUGUUGUGCUCAGAGGACAACGCUCUAGACACUGCUGUAGCUUGUGAGCGGACGAAGACCUCAUCUCUUGGUAGGUAAGCAAAAACGUUUUCUCGACAUUUUUGCCUGUGAAAUGUUGCCAAAAUGUGGGGUAUUCUCCAAUUUCAUUUGCUUUCUAAACUUCCGGAGAUUUUUUAAAAUUGUUUUUGAUAUCUAAAAUCCUCACCUCCCCCCCCCCAAAAAACAAUUCCUGAAUUAUGUAACUAAGCCUAUUUCAAAUGCCACAUGAUCACGUGCUCCAAACGUGAUCGCCUGCAUGUAAGUCCAUUUUGUCGCGCAGGCGAAAUUUAACAGGAAAACUCCGUGACAGAUGCAGAAUAGCAAACGCAAAAACGCAGGAUUCAAUUCAUGUACACCCCAUGUGACGUGCUCAAAGCGUAAAUAGAUGGAUGGAGACCAUGGCGAGUAAUGGGUGGUUGGAGGCCAUUAUCACGACAAAAUUAUCAGUUCGUCUGGUCAGGGGAAGUGUACAUUUUUAUCUUAGAAAAGUCCUCGCACAUAAGGGACUUCUCGCAGAGCAAUAGAAGGAAAAAUACCUCUUUAAUUAGUCGUGGCUCAUACUGGGACUCGUCAACCUGAACAUAUCUCGAAUUUGAACGAAAAAAAACUCAAAAGACAACUGUGAAACCUCAAAUGCUGAGAGGUGGCCCUAAACACACAUACUGGACAUUUUACGGUGGUAAUCUCCCAAGCAUUUUCACUUCUUUGUUGUUCUAGAUUUACAGUGAAGCUUAAUUUAACACUUUGAAUACCGAAUUUAGGUCGCGAAAAAAACGCAUUUUCUUUCCAACAUCUCCUUUUUGGAUCGGUUUUCCGCCAGUACAGUAAUUAGCAUGGAAAUGGCUAAAAAUGAAAUGUUUAGUUAUUGUUUGUUUUGUUUUUGAAAUGGAAAUUGUUGGUUAUGCUGACAUCUGUUUAUAAAUGGUCUGUCUUGUUUUAUUAUUUUUAUUAUUUUUUUAAAUUUCAGAAAGGAGUGCAAUGCAGUCACUUGACCCCCUGUCCCGUUUUUCAGAGCAUAGUAAGUGAUUCGCUCCUAUAUGUGAAGGGGCUACUUUUGCUUGAAGAAUAACCACUACCAGCUUUUCGCGCACUUGGAAUUUAUUUCUACUUGACAAAAGGAAAUUGAAUCGUGGCGUCCGAAUGUGUCGUCGAAAUAGUCAACUGAAAAUUAAAUCAAUAUUUAAUACAAGAAAAGGUUACUAUACAAAUCAAUUUUUGUUGAAGCGAUGACAGGCAAAUUUUAACUUACAAUUUGUGUAUGCGGCCUUAAAGCAUGUUUCACAACUUGGAUUCCUUAUCGGUGACACUUGGAAAUGUAAGUUACAUAACGAAUAUGCUUCUAUUAAACUAGUUAUAGCUAUCGCUAAGUGCCAACAGCAGUAGAAGGGAAAGUACCUCUUUAACUAGCAGUGGUUCAUACUGGGACUCGUCAACCUGGACAUAUGUGGAAUUUGAACCAAAAAACUCAGAGGACAACUGUAAAACUUCAUAUGCUGAGAGGUUCGCCCUAAACACACGUACGGGACAUUCAGGACGGUGAUAAUCUCCAAGCGUUUUCACUUCUUUGUUGUUCAGUAGAGUUACAGUGAAGUAUGCGUUUGAUAUGCUACCUAUUUAACCCUUUAAAUACGGAAUUUAGGUCGCGAGAAAAAAAAACGCAGUUUCUUUCCAUCAUCUCCUUUUUGGAUCGGUUUUCCGCCAGUACAGUAGUUAGCAUGGAAAUGGCUAAAAAUGAAAUCUUCAGUUCUUGUUUGUUUUGUUUUUUGAAAUGGAAAUUGUUGGUUAUGCUGAGAUCUGUUUAUGAAUGGUCCGUCUUUUGGAUAUUUCAGGAUCUGAUUUAUUGUGCUCAGAGGACAAUGCUCUAG